AAAGCACUGGGCUCCUCCUUUCCACGCUCAACUGCCGCUUUAAUGGCCCCUCAACCGCCCAUUUACCUUUCAUGGACAAACAGGGGAGUUGAUCGACAUCCAAAGACACGCCUCUUCGUUUACCCUUGCCCCUCCCCUCCUUUGGCUUCCUAUCAGUGUCUAUUUUGGCAACACGGAUACACAUGGAGCCUCCAUCACCUCCACUCUCUUUUACGCACCGAGUCCAGUAAUGCGCGCAGGUCUUGAUCGUCUCCUUCUGAGUAAUCGAUCCUCUCGUGGACUAAUAUGACAAGCGUGCACGUAUAGUGGCGUGACACGGCAAAGAGAGGAGGCACAUUUCCCGUGGAUUAGUCUAUCCUAUCCGAGCGCGAGUGUCAGAAUGGACGUCCUGGCGAACCACAGUAUAUUUCAGGAACUUCAGCUGGUGCACGACACCGGCUAUUUCUCCGCCAUGCCUUCGCUGGAGGAGAACUGGCAGCAGACCUGCCUGGAGUUGGAGCGUUAUCUACAGACAGAGCCCAAACGUCUGUCGGAACUCUUUGACCAUGACUUGGAUGGACUCUUGACUCCAGCUUACUUGAAGGAGGAUGGCGAAGAAGAGCUAGCUGACGUACUACUCCCUAGCAUACAUGAGCCCCCGAGUCCUCAGACGAUGAUAUACUGCCCCACACGGAAAAACUUACCCUCUACUACUUCAAUAAAAUCUGAACCAAAGGUACCAGAAUCCACAGAAGGGAUGGAAGGUGUUCACCAGGCUCAGCUCAGUGCCGUCACCUCCCUAACACCCCCCUCCUCACCAGAACUGGGUCGGCAUCUGGUAAAACCAAACCCAUCCCUAACGUCGUCUGCUGAUGGGACGCUCACCCUCAAACUGGUGGCCAGGAAGGUCGGCCUUAGUGCUGCUCGACUGGUGGCGUCGCACCCUCUCCCUGUGCAGGUAAAGGACGAGGAUGAGGGAGUAUCCUGUGUGCUAGGCGAGCUGCCAGAGAACAAGAAGAGGAUCCAUCGCUGUCAGUUCAACGGCUGUAGGAAGGUUUACACCAAGAGCUCCCACUUAAAAGCCCAUCAGAGGACACACACGGGUGAGAAGCCCUACAAGUGCUCAUGGGAGGGCUGCGAAUGGCGUUUUGCGCGGAGCGACGAGCUGACGAGGCAUUACCGCAAACACACCGGCGCCAAACCCUUCAAGUGCAACCACUGCGACAGGUGUUUCUCACGGUCGGAUCAUUUGGCGCUGCACAUGAAAAGACACAUCUGAGGAGCACAAGAGAAGUCAGAAGGGAGUGGAGGCGGAGAGGAAGCAGAGAGGGCAACAUCACUUGCAGAAACAUUGUCACCACAGAUCUCAGACUGGUGUCAAACCCCAUAAUUGGCAUUUCUGAAGCAGAGGCAGAUGCACCAUGCCAUUGGCUUAAACACAGGCAGGCAAAACACGGGUCCCAUAUGAUUCCAUGAAGCGUCAUCUGCCUCCUCGAGUGGGACCUUUAAUUGGCAGCUCCUGGUUUCAGUCCACUUUUGCAUCAUUUCCAUGCAGCAUUGUCUGACAUGCAGCCAAUUUAGUUCUUGCUGAGUUGCUCUAGCCUUUCUGUUCAAAGGUUGUAUAAUAUCACAACUUUUCUGUUUGACUUCUUUCACUUCCCACCUAGAUCAAUUGAUAAAUCCUGCUGGUUCAAUGGAACUUGUUUGACUGGUGAUUGCAGACUUGAAGAUUGGAGGAUGUUUUUAUUUGCCUAAACUGAUUGAGGUCAUCCAGACAGCUUUGUGGGUACAGCUAUAAUCCAUGAAGAAUUUCCUCUGGAUAUGAUCACCUAAUUUAUUCCUGGGAGAAGAGAGGCCAUCUCCAACUUGAAAUUUGGAGCUGAACCUAUUGCACAAUUGACUCUUUGCAAACCCUAAGUCAAAAGAAAGGCCCCCGUUUGUCAGACUGGGAAGCAAUUGGGCCCAUUGCACAAGUCAAAAGACAAGAUCACUAUGUAUGUAGAGGCUAUAUUGUUUUUAAUCAAAGAUCUCAUAUUUGUUCGGAAUAAACCAUUCUGAAGAACUCUUUAGAAAUGGAUGCAGCCAAAUAAAAACUGUCGAUGACUGAAGUGAUCUCUCGAGCAUUUGAGAGUGAUUGGCAUCCGACCAGCCACCAUGUUGCUCAUAAUGCAGAACUGCUCCAAUUUAGCCAACUUCAAUUCUUCCAAUUUUCUCCAGUAAAUCAGGCCCUAUGCAUCUCCUGGGACAUUCCACAGAUUUAUCUCCUGUAGGACAUGGAAUGGACUUGUAAGAGUAGGAGGACAAAUCCAAUCAAUUGGCUGACAGAUCAAUGUGAAUGUAUCUGCAAUGUUUCUGUGCACGUGCAGCUGAAAAUGUGAAUGGCGUACUGAUCAGUCCUUGUUAAACUCACACCUUAACACUUUUUCACAUCAUUGUUAUCUAGGAAGUCAUGCCUUGUGACUUAUGUCAAGCAUUAUUCACGGAGUCUGGAGAGCAGUUUUCCACGGUGACGGAUGGUGGGUAAGGGGAAGGAUAUCAUCUUCACACUCAGCAAAGUCAAUUGCCUUUUCAGCUUUUAAAACUUUAACAGUAGACAUCAACAUACAAUGAAGCAUAGUUACAUUUCCUCAUGGUGCUCUGACUCCUGAAUCCCAGUCACCACUUCCGUUAAAUGCCUUUUUAUCCAGGCUGCUUGGACAAACAGAGGCUCUGGCACGACUGAUCUACAAUCUCUGCUCUGUAUUAAACAAAUUGAUUUUUUGUUUAAGUCAAAUGAAAAACAUACAACCACCCAUAAUUCUCUUUUAGAAUAGUUUGUAAAGCACCAGAUCAGCUCUUAGCUAGAAGUACUAGUGUUCGGUCCGGGUAUGGAUGCAGACAAAAUGAAUAAAAGUGGUUAGCACCAUCAACGGCAGCUCUACGUGCGUUUCAAUAUUCCGGCUCAAAUGUUGAAUGAAUGUGUGGACACGUGGUUUAGGUUAUUUUCCACGUUCUCAUGGACAACCCUGGACUGGAGCACAGAAAUUUCUCAAAUACAGCAUUGUUCGGAAUCCACUCAAUUAAUUCUCUAAAAGUGUACGCUGGAAAUAUUGGAGUUCAAAUGUGAAUGUUUACUUUUUUAUACUAAUUUAAUUUUUUUGUGGUUCACUUCUGUGUCCUUUAAAUGAAUGAUUGUCAAUUAUGCUGUGCCUGUGUGUAUUUUUCUUUGGUCUGUAUUUGCACUCGGUUUUGGAAAACAAGAAAAAGUAACAUAUCUGAUGUUUAUUUGUCCAUUUGUGCACAUCACAACACUACCACCGCAUCUCUGUACAGUAACUGUUUUAUACACAAACCUGGGCACAUACAUUCAAGCACACCCUCACAUGAGAACGCGCGCACACACACACACCGCACUCACCCCUACACGCUGGCUCAGUCCGUGGUGUAGGCUGCAGAUCUCAGCAUCACUGAUCUCUUUCUGAAUUUUAAAUCAGACUUUUUUUUUUUCUACCAGCGCCCCCCCCUUGUUGCCGCACCCUCCCAACAUAUCCUCUCCACAAGAUAGCAACAUUUUCCACUCCUCUUUCCCCAAAAAAACGCACCCACCUUCCUGUUUUCCUAUGUUGUCUUUCUCCCUUUCCUUUGACUGUAUAAAGUGUUUCAAAUUUAUCAUUUGUAUAUUAUGAUGUAUGGGUAUGAUAAUGUUCUUUAUUAUGGAAAAAUGAGAAAGAUUUAUUUUUGUUACCGGUUUGUUUCAUAAUUCAUUUUUUUAAAUUGGUAUUGUAAUAUCUCUAUGCAAUGAACUGUUUGUUUUUUUAUUUAAGAAUGUAAUUAUGUGUAAUAAAUCGUAGACGCAGUUUGGCAUGGAGUAGUAAUGUUUCCUGGCUGGUCUGUUCACUAACAAAAUGCACACAUUGUCCAUCACAUGUUCGCACUUCUACGCCCUCUUAUCAAGAAGACUAAAUUGAUUAGUCAGUACUUUCUCACCAAUGAGCAACCAGGGUGUUUUUCUUUGCAGUUGCCUCAAAAGUGAGACCAGAAUUAUUAUCAGUUUGUCCUUUUUGUGAAUUGUGAAUCCAUGGUUCACAGCAAGGCUGAAAAUACCUGCUCACACUGAGUAAUUACAUCUGUUAGCAAACAAGGUGUGAAGGCUACUGCGCUAUUCUUGCCUUUUGACCAUGACCAGCUGAUAAAAGGCUAAUCGAAUAAGUAAUGGCUAAUUAGGGAGUAAUUACUCCCUGCUAAAUGGUCCCAUGCAGUGUAUUAAUUCUCCUCGGGUCUGGCAAAGAGGAGCUCCCAUCAGGAUUUUUUUUUUUUUUUUUUUAAAUCUAAUACAUUUUAAUUGAAACUCACACCCUC